ACUUCUCCUUCCACUAAAUAAAAUUCCUAUCUAAAAAUAUGGGUGCUUGCCAAUCCUGCGAAGAAGGCUUAGACCAAAAUUCUCAAGUUGAAUCUGGUCGUACUACAGUAGAACCAGUGGAGAUGAAGAAGGAGAAGAAAUUUGUGUAUGGGGAGAAACCUGGGGAAGAAGAGGAAGAGGAUGUGGUCUAUCUGCCUGGGGACGAAGGAGAUUAUGUGAUUAAGAGUUGAGGAGACAAGGAGUUUGCGAUUAUUAAUAGUGGGAAGUUGAAAGAACUUGAGGAAGAGGUCAAGGAUUUUGAUAAAAGAAUCACUAUGGCCCGACAUAAAAAACAAGAAGCCAACAUGAAACUCAAAGACGCUCCACAAGCUGACCAAGCUAUUUACAAAAGAACCACUACUGAGCUCAAGGACGAAAUCUCUGAGUUGACAGCCAAGAAGGAAGAAUUAAAGAAGCUCAUUCAGAACGCACGCAAUGAGAAGAAGGAUUAUAUCCCUAAGUUCAUAAGAAGAAUAACCACAGGUGAAACAAAUGAAUCAGAUGCUGUUAAACCAAAAGUUAUUCCUCUCCAGUACUUCUAUAAAAAGUGCCAAAAGUUACUUUCUGAAGAGUCUUUUAAUGAGCUUAAGAAGGAGAAUAGCUUGAAGAUCGACCUUUCGGAUCAGGUCGAUAAAGAAUUCUUUAAUGAAAUGAAAGAGGAGCUUGUUGAACAUAAUAAUAUCUUACCAGAUUUGAAGAUGAUAUCUAUCGAAGAAAUUGAUGAAGAUAUCCAGCCUUCUGUCCUCGAGUUUAUAUCGAAGUGUUUCCCUUGAAAGCUCAAUGCAUUUUAAUGACAAUAGUAUGCAAGAAUCGCAGAUAGCUCCUCCUAUUUUAAAGCUACAAAAGCUAAGUUUGAAGUGAGAAGAAGACCACAUGGGUUCUGCACAGGAAUACCUGGAUGCUUUAGCUGAAGGCUCUCGCCAAGCUGAACUUCCUGUGUGUGUUUUCAGUGAAGUAUCCUUCGAGAACAUGAAAUUCGAAGAUGCCGAAGUCGUCCAAUACGCCUUUAAACUCCUCGCUUGCACCAGAGGAACUGUAAAGUUCACCCACUGCCAGCUAGAGACCAACGGGCUCGAGCUUGAAGCUGUGGAAGGAGGGUACAAGAUCAAGACCCUUAUUUUUGAAGACUGUGGAGAGCUUAGCAAUUGGGCAAGCAGAAGUGGAAAACCCAAAGAGACUUUUAAGAUGAUGGUCAAGGCUUUUGGGGAAGGAAACUUCUGAGAACUGCUUAAGACUGUUUCAUUUAUGAAUAAUGGUAUUGCGAAAGGCAAGAUUAAGAAGAUCUUUGACAAAGAAGGGAUCAGUAUUAAGGUAAUUCACAGAGAAGAAGAUAUUGAGUAAUUAUGUAAAAGUUGUUCAAUCUAGGCCCU